AUGAGUUCCAUUUCUUCAUCGAUCCCUCAAACAGGGUCGAAAGACACUUCAUCUGUAUUCAUUGAAAUUGUAGACACUGCCCAGUCUGAUCCUCGACACACAGAAACUAUGCUUCCAGGUCUCCCGGUUGUUCAGACGAGGCCCGUCCUUCGCGGUACAGCCGAGUUUGAAGCUAAGCGAGCCGCUCUACUCGAGGCCUUCGCAUCAAAAGUGCCCGAAAACCUCCGCCUCCCUCUCAGUCUCAUUCAAAGUCCUCCCAGGGAUGUCACCAAGAUUCCCGCAACCUGUGGUAUCUUGACAACACAAGAGUUAGCCAUCACUGAGGACUAUGAUGCUGUCAGCCUUGUCGAGGCAGUCGCAAAUCGCAAGUUCGCCGCGGUAGCUGUUGCCCAAGCUUUCUGUAAGCGAGCUAUCAUCGCCCAUCAACUUACCUGCUGCCUAACGCAGUGGUUCAUGCAAGAAGCCAUCGAACAAGCCAGGGCCCUAGACGCAUACUUCAAUAAGCACGGGAAGACCAUUGGUCCGUUGCAUGGCCUGCCCAUCAGCAUCAAGGAUCACAUCCAAGUUGCCGGGACAUCUUCUUCUCAGGGGUGUUUUGCCAGUAUCACCGACGAUGACAGGGACGCUGAUAUAGUAGCCAUCUUGCGACGGCAGGGCGCUGUUGUCUACUGCAAGACCAACCAGCCACAGUCUUUGAUGCAUCUCGAGAGUGAUUCCCACUGGGGAAGAGUCCUGAACCCCUUCAACAUACAUCUAUCGGCUGGAGGAUCGACGGGUGGCGAAGCAGCCUUGGUCGCUAUGAAAGGCUCAGUUCUUGGUAUUGGCACUGAUAUUGGUGGCAGUAUUCGAGGACCAUCUGCCUUUUGUGGUAUCUAUGGCUUCAAAACCACUUCAAACAUCUUGCCUACCAGGGGGUACAUCAAGGGUGCUCCGCCUCCAGCUGUGUUGGACAUUCCACUUUCCACAGGACCGAUGUGUCGCUCUUUACGAGACAUAGACCUUUUCAUGAAGACUGUACUUGCUGCGAAGCCGUACUUGGAUGAUCCCAAUGUGGUUCCGAUUCCAUGGACGGGUCUUGGGACGCCAUUCAAUCGACGACUUAAAGUGGGCAUCGUUAGCAAUGACGGCUUCAUCGAGCCACAACCUCCUGUGAAGAGGGCUAUAUCAUGGGCCAAAAACCUCCUGUCAGAAGGCAAGUAUGCAGAUAUAGUCGAGGUGAAAGACUUCAAAAUCGUUGGUGCCGAAGAAGCUUGGAACCAAGUUAGAAGACUCUACUGGCCCGAUGGUGGUGAGCUCACCAAAGGAGGUAUCCUCUCAUCGGGAGAGCCCUUUCACCCUCUGACAGAAUGGAUUUACAAAGACGCAGAGCCACUCGGCAUGCACACAGCUCUAGAUAUCACUCAUCUCCACCAAACCAGAGACAAGUUCCGACUAGCCUUUGCCCAAAGCUGGAGUGACCAAGAUGUGGAUGUCAUUAUCGGCCCGGCGUUCGUCGGUCCAGCCUGCGCGCACGACACGGCCUUCUACUGGACAUACACCUCACUGUACAACCUUGUCGACUACCCUGGGGUGGUUAUUCCCACGCCUGUUAGGGCUGAAUCCGGGGAAGAGUACGAUGGGUGCUACGUGCCGUUGAGCGAGGCUUGUGGGCAUGUCAAGCAGCUAUGGGAGGAGGGGGAUUUUGCGGGUGCGCCGGUGAAUUUGCAGAUCGUGGCGCGGAGGUUUCAUGACAACGAGCUCUUCGGGGCGUUGCAAGUGUUGAAGGGGGUGUUGGGGCUUGUUUAG